UAUUGGGACUGAAGGAUUUUUUUCCUGAAUGGAUGCAUCGAAUCGAGUGGAGAUUGCUCCUCUCUACUCUGCGAGACCCCCCUCUUUGAUCUGGAGCUCAGUGUAUGUCGUUUAUUGCAGUGCAAUGAUUCAGGGAAGUGAAGAUGCCUGACCUCGCGCUGACCUCUCUGUAGAAGCCAGGAUGUCCGUCGCUGAGUCUAUGCCCCUCCCCCGGCCACGCCCCCGUGAGAGACGGUCCCGCCCCCCUGUCAAACCGAAACCCGCCAUCCCAUGCAAACCGAGCCUCUCCGGCUCCCCUGAGAACGGACUGAGAGAGCCCGCCCUGCCCCUCCUCCCGAACGAGACACGGCGCCCCCUAGCAGUCAGCCGCUCCGGCGCGGAGAGAGCGGAGGAGAGAGAGAGCGCCGGGAAGGUGCAGAGGAUUCUGAAUCACUUCAGACAGCAGGAGAAGGAGAACGUCGUGAAGGAUGCUGGGAAAUGCCCCCCUCCGGUUUCCGCCAAGCCCUCCAAACCGCUCAGGGGGGGCUGUGCCCCCCCCUCGGAGCCCCCCGCCCCGCAGCCGGCGCUGGAAAAGCCCCCGCUCCCUCCCAAAGAGAAGAGGAAAGAGCAGGGGGAGCACGAGGCAGGGAGGGGGGGCGACAAACCAGACCCGGAUGGGAAGGAGGCAGAGUCCCAACUUCAGUCAAACGGCAGCAGCGUGGAGGCAGGCAGAUCUCUGCCUCCCCCCGGUGGCUGCCGGAGGGACUGCUCUUGUCUGUGUCACCAGAAGCGGGCCGGAAUGAUUCUUGUGUGGGUGCCAGUGGGAGAGUCUCAGGGAGAGGAGGUAGAGUGGGACACAGACUCCUUCUCAGAGGAGGAGACCCAAAUGGUCCAGGACAGCCCAGCUGGGGGUCAGUCCGGCUCCAACUCCCAGAGUUCUCAGGGAAUACCUGAAAGCUCUGUGACGUAUUCUGAAAUGACCUUCGAAGUGCCCAGCCUGGACAGGGAGAAAACAGAGACCCCUGACUCACCCGCAGAGGAGGAUCCCGUCUACGAAUCGACCAUCGAAACCUGUAGGCCUGAGGUCGCCAAGGAAACAUCAGCCAGGGUUCCGAAGCCUCCCAGGAAGUUCAAGCAGCCCCCCCAGGCUUCCUCGUCGACGGAGAGAGAGGUGGAGGAGGAGGAGGAGGAGGAGGAAGAGCCGCCCCCCGCACUCCCCCCCAGAAUGCCCCGCAAGCCCCCCCGGCCAGCCUCGGUGCCACACGGUGGCCAGGGAGCGGUAUUGCAGGCGGAGAGCAGGCAAUCUCUCAAUCUCACCCCCAGCAGCCCCGCUGUGGUCAGACGGUCUUGCUCCCCUUGUCCAGAGGAAGGGGUUCCGUCUUCACUGUCCCGGGACCCCUCGAAAGAUGAGGGGGAUGAGAUCGGAAGUGACUGGGAUGAACUUGAUGAUAUAAAAGACAUCAGUGAGCCGAUUCUAACUCGACGGGUGUCGAUAGACUGGGAGGCCAAACUUCAGGAUGAGCCGCUGUACCAGACCUACCGGGAGACGGUCAUCUCCAAGGAGAUCAAGCGACAGUCUGUGUCCCGUAACCUCAGCAAGACCAGCUGGGACUACAGCAGCGAGCCCUCGAGCCAGGGCCCCCCCCGGGGCCAGGUCCGGACGGGGCCCCCUCAGAGCUCCCUGUGGCAGGAGCUGCAGUCCGUGCGCGAGAGCGGGGUGCUGGCGGAACUCACCCUCGCAGAGUGCAAGUUCCAGGAGAGCAUGUUCGAGGUGCUGACGUCCGAAGCCUCGUACCUGCGCUCUCUCAACGUGCUGACGGAUCACUUCCUGGACUCGGAGCUCAGCGACACCAUCAUCAUCCGCGAGAGGAAGAUCCUCUUCUCCAACAUCACCCGGGUCAAGGAGGUCAGCGAGAGGUUCCUGAAGGAUCUGGAGGAGAGUGAGGAGAGCCUUGUGAUCUCGGAUAUCUGUGAUAUUAUCCAUUACCACGCCCAGCACCACUUCCCCGUGUACAUCGACUACGUGAGGAACCAGAUCUACCAGGAGAAGACCUACAGCGCCCUCAUGGAGAGGAAUGUGCAGUUUGCCUCAGUGAUCACUCGUCUGCAGGAGUCCCCACAGUGCCAGCGGCUGCCCUUCAUGUCCUUCCUGCUGCUUCCCUUCCAGAGAAUCACCCGCAUCAGGAUGCUGGUGGAGAACAUCUUGAAGAGGACGGAGGAGGGGACCAGCGAGGAGCAGAAUGCGUCCAGAGCCCUGGUCUCUGUGUCCAAGAUCAUCGCGGAGUGCAACAGCGAGGUGGGGAAGAUGAAGCAGGUGGAGGAGCUGAUCCACAUCGCCAAGAGCGUGGAGUUCGACAAGCUGAAAGCCCUGCCUCUCAUCUCUCAGACCCGAUACCUGGAGAAGCGAGGGGAGCUGUUGGAGGCGGUGAGGGGGGGCACCCUGUUCAGCUCCAGGCCCAGGUUCAGCCCGGUCUACCUCUUCCUCUUCAAUGACCUGCUUCUCAUCACCAACAAGAAGAGUGGUGAUCGCUAUGUGGUGGUUGACCAUGCCCAUCGAUCUCUGGUUCAGGUUCAGUCCAAUAAGGAGACGUCUCUGGGCCCCGGGCUGGAUCACUGCUUCUACUUGACUAUCUUGGAGAACCACCAGGGCAAGAUGAUGGAGCGUCUUCUCAAAGCACCCAACCAAUCAGAUAUGCAUCGCUGGAUGGCAGCGUUCCCUAAUCCUGGUGAUCCGGAGAAAUCCAAUGAUGAGACUAUUUACGAGGAUUGGGACUGUCCACAGGUCCAGUGUAUCGAGGCAUACUCAGCCCAGCAGGCUGACGAGUUGAGUCUGGAGCGCACCGAUAUCGUCAAUGUGCUGAGGAAGACGACAGAAGGCUGGUGUGAGGGGAUUCGCCUGGCUGAUGGUCAGAAGGGCUGGUUCCCGGGCAGCAUUGUCCAGGAGAUCACCAACGAACACGUGCGCCGGCGGAACCUCCGCGAGCGGUACCGCGUCAUCCAGGCAGCCGAGCAGAUGACCAAGAGCAGGACCAUCUCCUAGCGGACUGAGCCAGGCACUGCGCCAAGGCCCCCAGCCCCUCCCUGCGCGUUCUACAGGGCAGCACAUAAAUACUGUAACGAGUGACAGCUCCGUGCUGCAGUCCACUUGCCAGCUCUUUCUUAAAGGGCUGGGACAGACGGCUGACACAGCAGGCUCUCGGUUGGCAGACGGUUCCUUAAUGUUUCAAAAAGUCACGCGGCCGUGCCUUUACCAGGGGAGGCUAUCGGGGACCCCUGCGCUCCCCUGACUGUGUGACUCCCCCUGCACACCACGUGGCCGUGCCUUUACCAGGGGAGAAAAUUGGGUGUGUUUUUUUUUUCCUUUCUGAAAUAAACUGUGCUAAUGAACAUAAAAACAUAAGAAAGUUUACAAACGAGAGGAGGCCCCAUUCGGCCCAUCUUGCUCGUUUGGUUGUUAGUAGCUUAUUGAUCCCAGAAUCUCAUCAAGCAGCUUCUUGAAGGAUCCCAGGGUGUCAGCUUCAACAACAUUACUGGGGAGUUGGUUCCAGACCCUCACGAUUCUCUGUGUAAAAAAGUGCCUCCUAUUUUCUGUUCUGAAUGCCCCUUUAUCUAAUCUCCAUUUCCCUGGUCCUUGUUUCUUAUUUUCAGGUUGAAAAAGUCUCUUGGGUCGACAUUGUCAAUACCUUUCAGAUCGCCGCGUAGUCUCCUUUGUUCAAGACUGAAUAGAUUCAAUUCUUUUAGCCUGUCUGCAUACGACAUGCCUUUUAAACCCGGGAUAAUUCUGGUCGCUCUUCUUUGCACUCUUUCUAGAGCAGCAAUAUCCUUUUUGUAGCGUGGUGACCAGAACUGAACAUAAUAUAUGAAACUUUGGCAUAAACAGACCCAAGCUUCAAGCAGUAUGCUUGGUGCAGGACUAAGGUGAUAUAUAUACUGAUGUAGUAUGGAGCCAUCUGAUUGGCUAGAAAGCCUGUACAGUGCAUUCUAGUUUAUAAGAAGGAAAUUCCUAACAGGCUUGCCAGCAGGAUCCUUUUAUGCUUUUUGUAUUUUUUUUUUUUUUAAUUCCAACAACUCCGCAGGUCGACAUGUGAUGAAUCUGGCAAACAAAACAGAGCCUGAUUUUCAAAAAACGACCGUUUUAGACGUGCUAAUUAAGUCGCAGUUCUCUGUAGUUAAGGAUAAUAAUUUUAUCAAAGCACCGUUUGACCUAAGCGAAUGUUUUUAAUGCUCUUCCAAAAACAGUCCUUAGGAAAAAAAACUUAUCCUUACAGGGAUGGAGGAAAUAAGACUCCAAAUCCGUAGCAGUUUGAUCCAUUCCUGAGUUUAAUCAGACCUGAGCUUGUGACCUUUACACUGUGGCUAAUCAGGCUCAUAGUAAAACCUGGAAUGGAUGAAACUGCUAUGCAACAGGAGUCUUAUUUCCAUCCCUGUAUGAUCAUAUUCAUGCUGUAUUGGGACACGCUUUAUUUUAGGUGGAACUUUUUUUUUUAAUUAACUGGCCUUGGGACAAAUUCACGAAUGGUCAAUUUAAUGUACAGUAAACCUAUUUAUGAACUAAUAGGAAAAAUAUCCUAUCUUCAGACAGUAUGAUCAGUUCCAACUCAGUCUUGUCAUUGAAAUUGUGUCUGUUUAAAGACAUUUUAAGGACUGCAGAGAUGUUUAGCAAACAAGACCAGCUUUUACAUUAUUAUAACUUUGAUUAUGUGUAUACAUUGGUUAUUAUAUUAGCUAUUAACACAGAACGAGCAGCAUUUGUCAAUGUUUUUAACAGCUGAUGGAUGCUGAAACUGCCCUUAAAAUAAAGUCUGACUCAGAGCUGUUUUAGUACUGCAGCUGUAUAUAUAAAAUAUGAAGAUUUUAAUACGAAGAGUGUGUUUUGAGUAAGGAAAUAUAAUCUGUCUUAAUGUUACAUUAAAUGCAACCUGUUCAUUUCAACCCUUUUUUUUUUUUUCAAAUGAGCUGAAUUAUAAAUAUCUUUGCAGGGGAAAGAACAACGCAGGAAUAAAACAUGAUAGAAAUCAAGCAUUUGUUUUUAUUCAUCAAACUGUUUACAGUAACAAUAAUAAAACAAGCCUUUUUUUUAUAAAUUAAACUAAAUUGUCAGUGUU